UCCUCCUCCUCCUUUCCAGCCAUGGCUGUAAAAGAUCCAACAGCUGUAGAAAGAGCAAAUUUACUGAACAUGGCCAAACUGAGUAUCAAAGGACUCAUUGAAUCAGCUUUGAGCUUUGGCCGUACUCUGGAUUCUGACUACCCUCCUCUGCAGCAGUUCUUUGUUGUCAUGGAGCACUGUCUGAAGCAUGGCCUUAAAGUAAGAAAAUCCUUUUUAAGUUACAAUAAAACUAUCUGGGGUCCUUUGGAACUUGUGGAGAAAUUAUAUCCAGAAGCUGAGGAAAUAGCAGCGAGUGUCAGAGAUUUGCCCGGCCUCAAAACACCACUGGGCCGUGCCCGGGCCUGGUUACGGUUGGCACUAAUGCAGAAGAAAAUGGCUGACUAUCUUCGCUGUUUAAUCAUUCAGAGAGAGCUUCUCAGUGAAUUUUAUGAGUAUCAUGCACUGAUGAUGGAAGAAGAAGGAGCAGUUAUUGUUGGACUGCUGGUUGGGCUAAAUGUAAUAGAUGCUAACCUCUGUGUAAAGGGUGAAGACCUGGAUUCACAAGUUGGUGUGAUCGAUUUCUCUAUGUAUUUAAAGAGUGACGAUGACAUUGGAGGAAAGGAAAGAAAUGAACAGAUUGCUGCAAUUUUGGACCAAAAGAAUUACGUUGAAGAACUAAACAGACAACUGAAUAGCACAGUUAGCAGCCUACAUGCAAGAGUUGAUUCGUUAGAGAAGUCAAACACUAAACUGAUUGAAGAGUUAGCAAUAGCCAAAAACAAUAUAAUUAAACUUCAGGAAGAAAAUCAUCAAUUAAGAAGUGAAAAUACUCUGAUCUUAAUGAAGACACAGCAUCAUCUAGAGGUAACUAAAGUGGAUGUUGAAGCAGAACUUCAGACGUACAAACACUCCAGGCAGGGAUUAGAUGAGAUGUACAAUGAAGCACGGAGGCAGCUUCGAGAGGAGUCACAGCUCCGCCAGGAUAUGGAGAAUGAGCUGGUAGUUCAAGUUAGCAUGAAGCAUGAGAUAGAGCUUGCUAUGAAGUUACUGGAGAAGGACAUCCACGAGAAGCAGGACACGCUCAUAGGCCUUCGGCAGCAGCUUGAUGAAGUUAAAGCAAUUAACAUGGAAAUGUACCAAAAGCUGCAGGUUUCUGAAGAUGCUAUGAAAGAAAAGAAUGAAAUAAUUGGUCGAUUAGAGGAUAAGACCAAUCAAAUUAAUGCUGCUAUGAAACAACUAGAACAAAGAUUGCAGCAAGCAGAGAAGGCUCAAUUGGAAGCUGAGAAUGAGGAUGAGAAACUUAAACAGGAAUAUGUGAAUAAGUCUGAAAGUCUGCAGAAAGAAUUCUCCCAGAAGGAGAAACAGCUGCUCCAGCUUGAAACAGAUUUGAAGAUAGAAAAGGAAUGGCGGCAAACUCUGGAGGAUGACCUUCAAAAGGAAAAAGAAACUGUAUCUCAUCUGCGAAUAGAGACUCAAGAAAUAAUUAACCUUAAAAAAGAGUUCAUUAAACUUCAGGAAAAGAACAGGCAACUGAAAAGGAUAUGUCAGGACCAAGAAGCUGCUCUCCAAGAACUGGCAUCCAAGCUGAGCGAAUCCAAGCUGAAAAUAGAAGAUAUAAAAGAAGCGAACAAAGCAUUGCAGGGACAGGUUUGGUUGAAGGACAAAGAGGCUACGCAUUGCAAGUUAUGUGAAAAGGAAUUCUCACUUUCCAAAAGGAAGCACCAUUGUAGAAACUGUGGUGAGAUCUUCUGUAAUGCUUGUUCCGACAACGAACUGCCUCUGCCUUCCUCACCAAAGCCUGUUCGUGUCUGUGAUUCCUGCCAUGCAAUCCUUAUACAGAGGUGCUCUUCUAAUGUGCCAUAAGAUUAUUUUACAAGUUAUUACCCUGUGUAUUUAGCUAAUUCUGUAAAACAAAACAAACAAGAACCAGCUACAGAAUGUACAGCACUACUUCUGUUGAUACAAAUAGAGAGGACGGGACCCAAAGCCACAAAAUGCAUGUCUUAAAAAUGAACAUGUUAAAAUUACAGAUUGCAGUAUUAGUCUAACAAAUGACUUGGAAGCUCUUCUGGAGGAAGGAAGGGCAGUUUAUAGAGGAGAUUCGGUGUUAAUAGGUAUCUUAGUCAUUACAAUCUUGAAAAGGGUGACUUAUUUACCUGCUUUUACAGGCUAGUCCAACUGAACUGUGAUGUAAAAUUUGCCUGUAGUAUGCUGCUGUGAAGCAAAAUGGAAGUAAUGGUUUUAAACUGUACUUUAAAAUAAGGAAAGAAAUUAAUGGAGGUGGCCCAGUAAAUUAUUGCCAAAUAUCUUUGUCGUUUGCUUCCUCUCAGUUAUCAAGAUUUGAUACCUCCAAGAAUAUUGCACUGACAAUUCUAUAGUCAGAGGAGUAGAGGGAGAUGGUGUCAGAUAGGUGAGAAACUGUGUCCUUAGGCACUGGGAGAAAGGGGGUGCAUUUUGCCACAUUAUUUUGCAAAAUUAGCUAUUAAUUUGACCUUAUCAGUGUUGUCAUGGAGAGAUGUCCAUCCUAUUUUUUUAUGCCUUAUGUUGUCUGUAGCCUCAAGGAAGUGUCUUUGUAUUAUUUUCUGGAAAGUCAUGCUUAGCUCUAGAGCAGCAUCAGCCUGCUGCUGAGAGACACUAAAAGCUGUGGACCGUGUCCUUUGUGUGGUGCCUGUGUUGGACCAGAAAGUUUGUCUUUUUGUUGCCUUAUUUCUCUAACGUCAGUUUGUUCCUAAACAUUUUCUUUUUUUCCAGAGAGCUUUUGAGUUCUGCUAGGUCUGACACAUCCCACCACUGUUCAUGUUGAUGUUCCAUGGUAACUUCUGCUGGAAUGUACAUCUCAGUUCUUCUAGUAGCCAAAUAAAAAUACAGCCUUUGAUGGGCUGUAUGUAGCAGCAGCCCUUGCUGUCGUGUCACUGCUCUAGAAUCAACCUGCCCUCUGCCCUUCAGCCCUUCGUGUGAAUGGGUCCAGCCAUGGAAUUUCCACUCUGGUCAGUACUGGUGAGCAGUUAGCAGUAAUCAGCUGUAGUUCAUUUAUGGGCCUGGAAUUCCUACUGACAGGAGCACGGCAGCUUGGAAACAGGUCUUUCUUUUAGUCAUUCUUGCACUUUGUUUAGCUUAGCUGUGUCUUUUGAGGAUCGGUAUUUAGCUAAUAUUCCAAGAGCUAACUAACUGUUCUUUUUGACACGUCAGUGUAGUUGCUUAUGUAGCCUUUGUAAAAA